AAUACAAUCACAAAAUUAUUCAUACCGUGUUUGCCCAGGAUGUAUUACUUUUUCACGGUUUCGCAGAUCCGGUGCCUGCACGGAAGUCCGAGCCUCUUUGUUUACUGAUCCGGCAGUGGCAGAGAAGCCUUCUUCGCAUCUGCGGAUGUAAUUCAAUCGAUUCUAUGAGCGAUUCUGCUUCUACACAAUAGUGGCCCUUCGUCGAACGCGGAAUUCUAGUAUCCUUCGUCUUUGUCGUCAUAAUCGUUUUGUAAUUUCCAGGUACACUCACGUGGAACGAGAUUAAUCUUGUUUGGCCUUUGUUGGAACACUGUUUUUGAUUUUUUUAAAAAGUAAAAUCUUGCAUUCUGGCUUUUGGAAUUGUUCUUUGUAAACUGGAAAUUGAGUUAGGGUUUGUGGUGUUUGUUUAAACCUUUUCUGUUGGAAAUUCUGGGCACUUUGGGUAGUUCGGCAUUGAAAUAGGUAUGAAGGGGCAGUCUAACCGCCUCCAGAAUAUGGACCCUCCUGAUGAUUGGGUUAAUGGUUCGUGGACUGUGGAUUGCAUCUGUGGCGUCAAUUUUGAUGAUGGGGAAGAAAUGGUUAAUUGCGAUGAAUGUGGCGUUUGGGUGCACACAAGGUGUUCGCGUUACGUGAAGGGAGAUGAUAUUUUUGUUUGCGACAAAUGUAAGAGGAAGAACGAGAGGAAUGACUGUGAGGAGACCGAGGUUGCGCAGUUAUUGGUUGAACUUCCAACCAAAACCAUGAGCAUGGAGAGUACAUAUGUCUGUAAUGGCCCAUCCCAGCGUCCGUUCAGGCUUUGGACAGACAUACCGAUUGAGGAAAGAGUUCAUGUUCAUGGCGUUCCAGGUGGUGACCCUGCUUUAUUCAGCGGGUUGUCAUCGUUAUUUACUCCACAGCUGUGGAACUGCACUGGGUAUGUUCCAAAAAAAUUUAAUUUUCAGUACCGGGAGUUCCCCUGUUGGGAUGAGGACCAGAGCGACAAUACAGAUAAUGGGAAAAAUGAGAAUCCUGCUGACAAAGGUGCUGGUGUUCUUUUCUCUUUGUCUAAGGACAAUGUAUUGGCUACCCCUGUGGCAGCUUUGAUUGAUGUGAGAAGCAAAUCUAGGGAUGUUUUACGUGACAGGAAUGGGCUUUUGAGUGAAAAACAUGGUGUAAGUGAAGAUUUGGAUAGGCGUCCUGACAAUGGUGUGAGGGAGAGAAGCUUUCUUCGACCUCUGCUACAUUCUGGUAAGUGCAAAAAGGAAGACUACUUGGUAUCAAAAGAUCAAUCUGGGAAGAUGAAGUCUACGCCCUCUGAUAAGGUGACAAACAUGAAAAAGAGAAUUGAUCAUGCUUCUAAGAUCGACAGAGAUCAGAAGCAUGCGAGGGGCAAUAGUGAAAAUCCUAGGAACAAGAGUUCAAGGGAAAUGGUGGAUCGAGAAUUAUCAAAUGCAUAUCAUGUAGCAAAGAAAAAUAAUGAUAACCAUAGAGACAGUUGUGAGCUCUCUCCUGGUGUCGUAUCUUCUGAGAUAUCUAAAAACAACAGCGCCAUUGCAGUUGGACCGAAGGACGAAAAUGGAGCCCAAGUUUCUCUGGCGGUUGAGAAUUCCACUAAAAUUGAGGAUGAUGGACCGCCCCUCUUUGCAAAGAAAGAUGUUGGAAACAUUGUCGUGAAACAGGGAGGUGGUACAGCUCUUGACCAUUCGGAUGAUGGAGGAUUUUCUAGGACCAUUGUCAAGCCUUCUGUUGGAAGCUUAGCUAGCACUAAACUUGAAAGCAAGGAUGAUAAGAUUCAUGAUGAUGUUAAUUGCGUCAAUUCAAUUGAUUCAUCCCAUACAGAUGCCAAAUUUAAAAUAGAUAAGCAACUUGAUGUAUCUGGAGGAGCCUUAAACUUCCAGGCUUCGGCACAUUCGGAUGCUACAGAGAUGCAGAAAUGUAAUGAUCGUAUGCCUGAAAGUAAUAAGGUGAAUUCUGGUGGUGUAUCGUGCGGUUUGCAAGUGGGUAGCCAUAAGGCAGAAAAAAGUUCUGAAGGUGCUAGCAAUUAUCAUCUUGAAAAGGCUGAUGAACAACGUAGUAAUCCAUGUGUAUUUAAACAGGAGUGGGAUUGUCCAGAAGGCAGCACAACAGUACAUAUUAAUUAUUUGAAACCUCAAAAUGUCUCUGAAUUUGGUGAUGAAAAGCCAUCAAAAUCUAGUGGAAUGGCUUUACACCACCAUGUAUUACCUAGUCAACACAAAACGACACUAUGUGUUGGAAAAUCUUCCCCUGCAUCGUCAAAUGUUAUAAUUUCUAAACCAUCCAUGUCCAAUGAUCUAACACAUGAAGAUCCUGAAAACCUAGAAGGUACUGCUGCCAAACAUGAGGCAGUGCCCGGAAGUUGUGGUGGUAGUAGGAAAGAAUAUUCUUCAAAUGGCGUUGACAGAGUUGAAGAAAGGGAAAAACUGCCUAGGAGAAGAAUUAAAGAGCAUCCAAAAGAGUGCUUAAAUGCCGCUGCCAAUUCAUUAUACUCAGUUAGGGACUUGCAAGAUCCUAUUUCAAAAAGAAACACAUUGCACGUAAAAGAUUCUGUUGUGCUCUCAACGGUUAAGACACCCUUGGCACAUAAUGCACCAGAUAGUCCAGGGUACAGUGAGGCCAUUGAGUCGCAUCUCAAUCAUAAGGGUUUAACUUCACACAACAAGGUUUCAAGCUCAUGUUUACCACAAAGAGGUGACAAGCCUAACCAUCCUCCAUCUAAGGUCAAUCAGCGUCAUGCAACAGCGAUGUGUCCUCCAGCAACUACAAAUCCACCUGCUGUGCUGAGUGAUGAAGAGCUUGCCUUUCUUUUGCAUCAGGAGCUCAAUAGCUCACCUAGAGUACCUCGUGUGCCACGUUUGCGUCAGACAGGCAGCUCACCACAGUUGGGUUCUUCAAAUGCAACAAGCUUGCUAAUAAAACGCAGUUCUUCUAGGGGAAGAGAUUAUGCAUCGGUAAAAUAUGCUUCUAGAAUGAAAAACAGAGAUGCCUUGAGAGACACAUUUCGGAGUUCCCGUGAGCCUGAUGAUGAUGUUAAAAGAACUGAUGAAAUUCUGUCUUCCCCUGAUCAAAGAAGGCAAGAGACAAGUAAUCCUGCAGAAGCAUCUAAGAAGGAAGAGAGUGGAUCUCCUACAAGAUUGAAUGCACAUAAAAGAGGUCUUCUUUCAACUUAUGCUACAAAUACUGCAAGUAAUUCCGCAGAAGCAUCUAAGAGGGAUGAAAAUGGAUCUCCUUCAAGAUUGAAUGCUCUUAAAAAAGGUCUUCUUUCAGCCUAUGCUACAAAUACUGCAAGUAGUGGCCCAUCUUCAUCAAUGGAAGCAAAUGAUCAUAAUAAUUCAUCCAUACAUCAUUCACCAAGGAACACAUCUGAUGAUGACACAGGCACGGUUGGAGAAGGCCCUGUUCAUCCAACUUUACCUGGCUUAAUCAAUGAAAUUAUGAGCCAAGGAAGGCGUAUGACCUAUGAAGAACUAUGUAAUGCUGUUUUGCCGCACUGGCAUAACCUGAGGAAGCACAACGGAGAGCGUUAUGCUUAUUCGAGUCAUUCACAAGCUGUUCUUGAUUGUUUGAGGAACCGACAUGAGUGGGCUAGACUGGUUGACCGUGGUCCAAAGACAAAUUCAAGUAGGAAAAGGCGGAAAUUCGAUGUUGAAGAAUCUGAGGAUAGCGAAUACGGUAAAGGGAGACCUGUAAAGGUUGUAGAAAACAAAGGCCUCGAGUCUCAUAAAGAAGAGUUUCCAAAACGCAAGAGGAACACUCGAAAACGAAGAUUAGCUCUUCAAGGGAAAGGUAUAAAGGAUAUUAGGAAAAGACGCAAGACAGAGAUAUUUACUGAUGAUGAUGUCGGGCUGCUUUCCGAUUCAAGUGAUGGAAGCAUGUUCAGUGAGGACGAGCUGCAGGAUGUUGAUGAAUGUUCAGAAAGAAGAGAAGGUUCAGGUUCAGAUGAGUAGUUUGCACGGUAUUCUGCUAUCCAGAUUGGGGAUGUAAUUUAUUGUAUCCAAGUUAGAACAUGCCAAAUUCAAGGAAGUAGGGUGCAGCCUUUGUCACAUAGCUUCUGUAGUGUAUAACUUUUAUCAGAGCUAGGUACAUCUUAGAUUAGAUUUGUGAAUGUUGUAACUUGUGCAUAUAUGUAUUGAGUUCUAACAUUGUACGUGUAUUAAAUUUAUUGAAGUAUCAGCCUAUUCCUCUUCCAAA